AUGUCUGACUAUGUGCGUCCGUUAGCAAUGAUUUUGCUGCCAAAUCUGGGAGGAUUUGUGGGCGGUUUCAUCACCAGGAGAAAUAUCAAGACUUGGUAUGAGGGUUUGAAGCUGCCAUCUUGGCGUCCGCCUAAUAAAGUAUUUCCCAUCGCGUGGACGGCUCUGUACAGCAGCAUGGGAUUUGCCUCGUAUCUUGUCUGGAGAGAUGGUGAGGGCUUUGGGGGUGAUGCUGCCACACCUCUUGCCUGGUACACUGCCCAGCUGGCUCUUAACUGGGCUUGGACUCCACUCUUUUUUGGACUUCACAGUCCUAAAUGGGCAUUUGUAAACAUUGUGUUUAUGUGGGGAGCAAUAGUCGGCACCAUUUAUACGUUCCACGGAGUAAAUGAGACAGCAGCCUAUUUGUUGCUGCCAUAUCUUGGAUGGGUUUCUUUUGCUUCGGCUCUUAACUAUAGGAUAUGGAGAGACAACCCAAGCAUAAAGGAAGAGUAA